AUGGGGGACCGCAUCGAAUACAUACCCAGACACGUUGACACAGACCUCCGCUUUUGGAGACGCCGGGAUGUCGACAGCAAUGCCCAAGUCAAUUUUGCCGAGGGUAAAUCGGAGGAUGAUCUCAAGGAAAUGGAGGUGCUGGCCGAGAUGCAUAAGGUAAACGUGCAGGAUAUCCGGGGACAGGAAUCAUCCUACACACUUGACAAGAACGGAUUUGUAUACCUGUCACAUGAAAUGCCCGAGCUUGAUAAGUUCUCGGACGACGAGCAUGUUAAGGAUGCGAUCAUCCGGAAGACUGAAGAGUUAGUUUGCAAAAUGUCAGUACUGAUCCCAGAAUACACAUGUUUGUCUCGAGACGCUGAACGAUGUGGCAGAACCGGUGCUACUAGGACCAUCACAUUUGCAAAUCGAGUGCGAUGCCUUGCAGAAGAUGGAUCCUUGCUCGCUAGCAACCGCGCCCCGGCGCACAGUGUGCACUCGGAUUUCACAACUAGGGGUGCACUCCACCACCUGAAGACGCUUGUUCCGGACAAGCAGGAGCGUAACCGUCUCCUUGCUAACCGAGUCUUGAUUAUCAAUGUUUGGCGGCCGUUGAAAACCAUCCAAAGGGAUCCCCUCGCGAUUUGUGACUGGAGCUCCGUUAAUAUGCAAGACGAGGGUAUUGCUACUCGUUUAACGUUGCCAAAUGGGUGGAAUGAACUCGGGCGAUAUGCGUUUAGUCCGAGUCAGAGAUGGUAUUAUCUCAGCGGUCAACAGCCCAACGAACCUCUCAUUUUCACCCAAUUUGAUAGCUCCAAAGUGGAUGAAGGAGGCUUCACAGUACCACACAGUGCAUUUGUUGACCCAGAAUAUAGUGAUUCUGCUGCAAGGGAGAGUCUGGAAAUCAAAAUGUUUGCAUUUGUUUAG